AUGCACUUCAAGAGCGCCCUUUUCUUCGGCCUCGCCGCCGCAUCCUGCGUCACCGCUGCCCCGCUGUUGGAAGCCCGCAAAAUCGUGGCCCAUGACUCCCUCAACCCGUGGCCGGUAACCGUCCGGAACAAUACAGAGGGCGACGCCAUAAAGCGCUUCAAUCCGCAGCUCCACAUCGCACACGGCUGCCAGCCCUACACCGCCGUGAAUGAGGCCGGGGACACCAGCGGCGGUCUCCAAGAGACGGGCUCCUCCACCGGCGGGUGCCGCGACACCUCCAAAGGCCAAACCUACGCCCGGGGCGCGUGGCACAAAGACCGCUACGCCAUCAUGUACGCCUGGUACUUCCCCAAGGACCAGCCCACCGACGGCGUCUCCGCGGGCGCGCACCGGUACGACUGGGAGAACGUCGUGCUCUGGCUGGACGACCCGGCGCUUCCGACUCCCUCCGUCCUCGGCGCCGCCGCGUCGGGGCACGGCGACUACAAGAAGACGACGAACCCGCAGCGGAACGGGGACAGCCUGAUGGUCGAGUACUUUACGAAUUUCCCGACGAAUCACGAGCUGCAGUUCAAGACGAGUGAGGGGGUCACGUACGCGUUGGUGGAUUGGGACGCCAUGACCGAGCCGGCGAGGGAGGCGUUGCAGGUUACGGAUUUUGGGAAGGCGAUCACGCCGUUUAAGGAUGGGAGUUUUGUGUCGAAUUUGGAUAAGGCUUGGGUUUGA